GCAGGAGAAUACUAAUAUAUCAGUAUAUGUUAUAAUUUCACAGUAUAUUAGCAGUGCUUGUUCUCCGGUCAUAUUCUUAUCAUCGUUGGGUAUUUGGGGACAUUGAGACGAAGAAUUCAAGGCAAUGUCUCUUUUCAAAACAUCUUCCUUUGCAGAAAAUGGAUUAAACUUUCAACAAUGCAAUCGACUGGAAGAAAAAGCUUUACGAAAAAAGUUGGAUCACAUGAAAACAAUGCAUCGACAGGCUGAUUUUAAUUUUGGACUUGAAAGUAAGGUGAUUACCAAAAGACUGAGAGACAACCUUGAACGUUCAGCUCAAGCUGACGCAAGCAUCAAAAAAAUUAAAAGUUCAAUGCCGGAAUGUAGUACAAAGUAUCGCAAGAAUCGUAACUUCGCAAAGACAUUAAUGGAAGUCUGGAGCGAUGAAGAUGCGGGAAACACAACUGCGAUGUCUGAAGAAGUUACGAUUCCUGCUUGUAUAAAUCUUCUGCGAUCAGCAGGUUUUGAGAUCGAUAAAAGUUUAUCCCGUAAGUUGGACGAGAUGCGAAAAGCGCAGGUGCAAAUACAGAAAAUGAGAAAUCCAAGAAAAUCCAGGGGCGGCCAACGCUUUAACACUCGAUCGAAAUCUUUACCAAGAUUCAACAACGGGAGGCUGACAAGUUAUGGAAAUGAAACACAGUCGGACUAUACAAAUCCAUUCGAAUCUCAAUCAACUCAUUUGCCACUGAUUCAAAAUGGCGGUAGGGAGCGGUUGUUGUCUUCUUCGUCGUCGACGGCAUCUUGCGACAUUCUAAAGAGCGAGCAUUGGCGACUACGGUCGGACACGCAACCAAACAUUACUCCGGUAGUAAAACUCAACCGAAGCAAACGCCCAUACUCUGCUCCGGAUUUGGAAACAAAAGUAAGUUCGGUGGUUAAGAAAUGUACAAUCAAGCCGCAGAUUAUUGAAGAUGAAAUUAUGGAAACGCAAGAGUCUAUAGUCGAAGACUGCUCAAACGAUGACGCUGUUCCUAAACCACUUACAAGACCUGCAUCCGUUAGUUCGUUCAAUAGUGACGAUAUGAGAGCGUAUGGCGAAGAAGUCUCUCACAAUCAAUGUCCGUUGCAGCAAUUGCACAAAAAGAUUCAUACAAGCCCAGAAGAUGUAAAUUUAUUAGAUCUACAUCGAGCCACAAUCGCAUCAAGAAAUUAUCCGCGACGGAUGAAAACGUUUAUGAGAGGAAUUCAUGAGUGGCAAAUUCCAGAAGACGAUAAAGUAGAUGGACUAACGGGAGACUAUUACUCAUUUCGUAUACAAAAGAAAAAGGGAAGUUGUACAUCGCAAGGUGAAGGAAGGCGAGCAACAUCUGCCAGACCAUAUAAAAGCAAGUAUUCGACAGAUGAGUUGAGCGGUGUCAAACUGUGCAAGGAUACCGAAGAGGAAUAUUAUGAAAAAGCGUUAAAAACUUCAAAGACAGACUUGAGGCACAGAAGUAUGACGAUAAAACCGCUCAGUACUGUUUGGGGUUCGAGCGAAUAUAUAGAAUGCAUAUUGUGAAUCCGUACAGCUCUGGACUGACUUUAUUAAUGUUCACAUUCUAGAUGAAAUUUAACAUAUAAUAUUUGUACGGUAAAUUUGCGUACAAACAAAGCCAAAAAUUCAAGUAUUUUAUUUAUAAAAUUUCAAAAACUGUUGAAUGUUUCGAGUUCGGGAAUGAAGAACGUUUCCAUAAGGGGUUGGUCUUUUUUGUUCAGCCAUCAUGUGGUGUUUGUAACGUGGUGUGCAAAUACAGCCAAAAAUAUGCAUAUAGAUUUUGACAAUAGAUGCUUGACUUUUUAAAGUGGCGAACGUGACUCUGAUGAGGCAUGAAACUAUUUUAGUUCAGUUUAAGUGCAUCUAACUUCUUGUCGAAAUACAGUUUAAGACAUUUACGUAAAUCAGAAUGAGGCUUCGGCUAAGUGGCGUAACUGAGGACAUGACAUGAACUCUGAGAAUUUUUAGAACAGUGAGUAAUCCAUUGUUCCUUAUUCGGGCACCCUGACAUCAUUACAAGUAUAAGUACUACUGAAGUAUGCGCAUCAAGAUGUCGCACAACCUGAGUUCAGGUUGUGCGCCAUCUUAGUGCGCAUACUUCAGGAGGUCCCAAGUAUAUGCAUAAGUAGUCUGAGUCUCACAUUCUUCGGACGGAAGCUUUGUUCGUGGUGAGUAAUGGUUGAGCCAACUUAAAGUUGUUUUCGUAUUGGUUUUGUCCGCGAUUGAGCAUCAAAAUCAAUAAUGUCGAACUAGGCCAGGGAUGGCGAA